UUUACAAAUAUUUUUCAUCUAUUUAUAUUACGGGUACCCAUGAUAAUGGAUCCAAUUCGUUGCAGUAUCGAAAUUGAAUCAAAAGAAACACCUAAUCAAUCAUGUACAUACAGUCUACCAACCAUAAUUGGCAACUGGGAAAACGCACGUGCUUUGGAAGAAGCGCACAUGGCUUUAAUUUCCUACAAAAAGGUAAACUGCCAGUUGUUAUCUUCGCGUACCCGCGCCAUGUUGCGCAAUGUUCUGGCUCCUGUAGCGUUGUCGCCAUGUACUGGAGGAAUUGAAUAUAACAAAACCUACCAGCUGUAUUCCCCUUCGCAACCGAGCCAGAUAACAAGCACGUAUCCUUAUGAAAAGAAAGGCUUAUACCUUUCCGGAAUGGUCGGCGAAGCAAAUAUAGACAAAGGCACUGGGCUCAUGCACGGAUGCCCCUUGACUGCUUCAUCUGAAAGCAUGCCUUGUCGCAGAAACACCUUUAUUUUCCGGACUGAAAUUCAAAACACAAAUAGGAUGUACUAUGGUGACGAUUUAUUCAUACAAAUCAACGCCGACUCAGCAACGCCAUUGUAUGUACAAGCCGAAAAUCAUACAAUUAAUUCCUUCGGCAAAUCCUUACAACUGAGAUUGAGCCAACAAAGAGAUGUUUACACUCACUUCAAAAUUCUACACGCACAUCCUAAAUAUCGUACGGAUUCAAUCGGAAUGGUCAUCACUCCCAGUAGUAAUGUGAUCAUACGGCAUGUCGCAUCCGGGCAAAAUCUGUCUGCUAAUGCCAGCAGCUGGAUAACAACUUUCUUUGGGGUAGAAUGUGAAGCAUCCUGUCGUACAUACAGAAACAGUAAUCGAAUCGACACAGCCGAAAAUAUGUGGCAGAUAAUAGGUCAUAUAGAAAAGACUAAGUACUCAACAAUGAACAUAUAAUGUUUGUUUAAUAUAACAAAUUUAUAACAAGUAUUGUACAAAUAUAAAUUAACUUAUUUUGGUUCA